AUGGCGACGACGCAGUUUGACGGGAUAUACCAUGCGCUCUCUCCCGAGGUCGGCAAGUUCCGUAUUGCUGUUAGUGGAAUGGCGUGGAAGGCCGAAGAAGGGGAGAAAAUGAAAGCAAUAGUAUCCUCCGACAUCAAGUGGGCUCAGUGGAACCGCGUCGCGCGUAACUACCAACUACGAGUGGGGCUGAAGGACAGGUCGAAGGAGACCUUUGAUGGUUUUGUCCGGGAGGACCACGACAGGCUCGCACAACUGCUCAAGCAGCAUUUCAGUGUUACGCUGGAAACGAGGGAAGCGUCGUUCAAAGGGUGGAACUGGGGCGUCACAGAUUUCCAAGGCCAAGACCUCGCGUUCCUUGUUUCCAACAAAACUGCGUUUGAACUUCCUUUGGAGAAUGUGGCCAAUUCUAACAUUGCGGGUCGUACCGAAGUCUCGCUCGAGUUCGCUACCCAAAACGGAAAGCCCUCUCGCAAUGCACCGGACGAGAUGGUCGAGAUCCGCUUCUAUGUUCCCGGCACACAGGCGAAGGGUCGUGGCUCUGAUGCGGGAUCUCAAAAGUCGGACAACGAAGAGGAUGGCCAGGAGAUCAGUGCGGCGCAAGCUUUCCACGACAUGGUGAAAGAUCUGGCGGAGAUUGGUCAGGUCUCUGGCGAUAUCAUUCUCAGUUUCGACGAAGUCAAUGUACUCACACCCAGAGGUCGUUACGACGUCGACAUGUAUCCGGAGUUCCUGCGCCUCCGUGGGCGAACGUACGACUACAAGAUCAUGUUCAACAGUAUUUCCAAGCUUUUCCUACUCCCAAAAGACGACCUGCACGUUUUGUUCAUCCUUGGUCUCAACAUUCCCAUCCGGCAAGGUCAGACGCGGUACCAAUACCUGGUUAUGCAGUUCAACCGCGAGGAAGAGAUCACAGCGGAACUCAAUAUGCCCGAAGAGGAUAUCGCGAAGUACGAUAGACUGAAGAAGAACUACGAGGAUCCGACAUACGAAGUGGUCUCGAGCGUUUUUCGCGGUUUGUCAAUGAAAAAGAUCGUUAAAAUGGGGACCUUCCAGAGUCGCGCCGGCCACCCAAGCGUGAAGGCAAACUUGAAGGCUGUCCAAGGAGACCUCUUCCUACUGGAGAAAUACGUGUUCUUCGUGUCGAAGCAGCCCACGCUCAUCGAGCUCUCUGACGUUCACCAAGUCGUUUUCUCUCGUCUCGGCUCUGGAGCUGGCGCCACUGCGGCACGCACAUUCGACGUCAAGGUGGUGACGAAGAGUGGGAGCGCGGACGUGAACUUCACCAGCGUCAACAAGGAAGAGUACGACAACGUCAGCGCGUACCUGCAGGACAAGAAGGUCAAGACGAAGAACGAGAUGAUGGAGGGUGAGCUCAUCCUUGGACCCGACGACGAGGACGAAGAGAUGCAGAGUGUGGCGAGUUCGGGCGAGGAGGCUCCCAGGCCACGCCGCGGUAAUGACGACGACGACGACAGCGAGGAGGACGACGACUUCCAGGCUUCCGAUUCGGAUGCGGGUUCCCCGACUGACUCGGACUCAUCCGAUGAGGGAGGACAGACAGCCUCGGACGCCAGCGGUGACCGUGACUUCAUGAAGAAGGGCAAAACCAAGGCGAAGGCGGCGCCCAAGAAGAAGAAAAAGACCGAGGCUAAACAGGGCAAGUCCAACGAGAGCGACGCCGAUGGCGACGACGGCAAGCCGAAGAAGAAUGCGGCUCCGAAACCGAAGCCAAAGCCAAAGCCUAAACCUAAGGAUGGAGACGACGCGAUGGACGUAGACGGCGAAGAUAAGCCAAAGCCGAAAGCCAAGCCAAAGCCAAAGCCCAAGGCGAAGGAAGACAACGACGGGCCGGCGAAGAAGAAGCAGAAGACAGACUGA